AUGUCUACAGCCCACAGACCAACAUGGGACCCCGCACAAGCUAAGGAUGUCAAGGGCGGGUCGCGCCAGUUCUCUGUUCGUGACAUGGCCGCCCACACCAAACUCAAAUUCCGUCAAGUUGGCCAGACAUCAGCAAACGAAGUAAAGAAACGGGAUCUGCGUGCUGAGCUACUUGCAGCUGAACAAGAGGCGAGGAACAAGAAAAGGAAAGCAGAGGGGAAGCCACCUCUCGUGGAAGACACACCGGCGCCAGCGGACGAAGAAUCUAAUAAGCGGAGAAAGCUUUUGGAGGAAGCUUUGGAGCUGGACAAAGAUGACGACGAUGAAGAAGAGGAAGAAGAGAAGGACAAAGGCGAUGAUGACGAUGAAAGUGAAGAAGAUUCUGAUGAAGAGGAGGAUGAUACUGCGGAGCUAUUGCGAGAAUUGGAGAAGAUCAAACGUGAACGUGCUGCAGAGAAAGAACGACUGGAACGGGAGCAAUCAGAAAGCGCCGCCGCGUCUCGAGAGGCAGAGAUUGCGACAGCCAAUCCUCUAUUAAAUCUUGCUGCUGCUUUGGGACAGCAAACCCAGGGAGGUGUUAACACCACUGUUCCAGGCACAUUCCAAGUGAAGAAACGAUGGGACGAUGGUAAGUUUUCGCAUCUGCGAGAUUACAAUACCUACUUUGACCCCAUUUCUGCUAUUUCUGCAGACCUUAUAUUCAAGAACCAAGCUAUGACCCAGAAGUCGACUCAAGGUAACUUUGUCAACGAUUUACUCCGGACGGAAUUCCACAAGUUCGUCUUCUAUCAUCUUAAAUUUGUUUACAUUUGGUUGACCCUGAAUUGUAUUGAAGGAAAUUUAUGGCCAAGUUUAUUAAGGUUAGACAUCGUUUCAUUUUCACAACCAAUUUGCCUGACAUCGUCGCUGUAUUAG